AUGAGUGCCUGCAAAGUUCUAGUGGUGGUCGGCAUUACGGGAAACCAAGGGUCCUCUGUCGCAAAUGCCUUCCUCAAUCUCCAGGGCUGGCACAUUCGUGGCAUCACCCGAAACCCGUCCUCUCCCGCAGCCCAGCAGCUGAGCUCGAAGGGAGUGGAGAUCGUGAAAGCCGAUCUGGACGACAUCGCUUCCCUCGAGAGUGCAUUCCACGGUGCCUCUGCGAUAUUUGCAGUCACGGACAUCUAUAACCACUUGUUCAACCCCGCCAACUUCCCUAAGGCACAGGAAGCCGGGAUAUCCGUGAAUGAAUAUGCUUGCAACCUCGAGACCACACAGGCCAUGAACAUAGCAAUCGCUGCUAAUUCACCUGCCGUCUCCUCUACGCUCACGCACUUCGUCUUCAGCAGCCUUAGCGAUACUAAGCGCUGGUCGAAGGGCAAGUACACCUGGAACUUCCAUUUCGAUGGAAAGGCACAAGCAGUGAAGCGCAUUCGGGAGGAACUGCCGAGCCUUGCUGCCAAGCUAAGCACUGUUCAGGUCGGAAUGUAUGCAAGCAACUGGAAGGGGGGGCUUGGGCGCCCUCAAAAGCAGGAAGACGGGUCUUUGGUUGUACAAAUUCCCGACGGACCGGAAGUUGAGCUCCCAUGGAUCGUCGUGGACCGAGAUACAGGCGUCUAUGUGAAGGCAUUGCUGGAAAAUUCUCCAGGAAAGCAUGUUCUUGCGUAUACCCAGAUGACCACAUGGCGUGAAUUUUGGACGCUGUGGGCCGAUAUUCGGAAUGUCAAGAUUGAUAUAAAGGUGGUUGGCCUAGACGACUACUUCAAAACACUACCGGAGUUUCUUUCGAGGGAGUUCCAAGACUCCUUAAGGUAUAUUGUGGAAUUUGGAUAUACUGGUGGGGACCCUGAUGUGUGCUGCACGCUACAAGAUUUGUCGCCGGAGUCUAAAACAGCAAGCCUGAAAGAGUACAUAGAGGAUGAGGACUGGUCUAGUCUUGAGUAA